AUGGAAGGUAGCGUGUGGGUUUUAAAUGCGCCUCAGCUUCUUAUGGCCCGACAUUAUGGUAUUAUUGAACGAUUACCAAAUGUUACAUGCCAGGAGAUCGAUGACAAAAAUAAGGGCGAUUCCCUUAUCAAAGUCCUUGCAGUUGUUCAAAUACUCUGGCUGAUUGUCCAAUUGAUAUUGCGGUUCGCAUACCAUAAAUCAGCGUCCCAGUUGGAAAUCAUGACUGUGGCUUACGCAGUCUGUGCCUGCAUUACCUAUUAUAUGCUCAUCUACCAACCGCAGAAUGCAUAUACGCCCGUUUAUAUUUCUGCGCGUAAACUCAAAUACGAUAUCCGUCAACUUAAAGGCAUUGUUGAGGUCGGUCCCUUGCACUUCCUGCCGUUCAUUGACUUUCAACUCCCUUGCAUCCAAUAUAAUUCUUUUCCAUUUGUUGCAGAUCCGAGAAAGGAUAUUUUGAAGGUAAAUCGCCAAACACAAAACUAUAUCUACCUCGGCAUUAGCGUUGGCGCUCUUAUUUUUGGCGUUGUGCAUCUAUUUGCGUGGAACUUUCCAUUCCCGACAGAUGUCGAGAAACUUAUAUGGAGAAUCGCUUCGUUUCUCACGGCCCUGUUGCCAAUGGCUCUCAAUAUAGUAUGGUUGCUGGCAAACCGUGGCAAGCGCGAAACAGAUAUCCACAAACCAUGGUAUCUUACAUUGGUUCUCACCGGUAUAUCGAUCAUUGUUUUAUGUCGACUGUUCAUUUUUGCUGAGGCGUUUCGGUCUCUGUACUUUCUCUCCCCUGAAGCAUUCUCCUCGACUUGGGCUGCAAAUGCACCCCAUGUUGGGUGA